AUGGAGCCAGAAGCCUUAGAAAUUUGCCCUUACGACCCUCACCACCGAAUCCCACUCAGCAGAUUUCAGUACCACCUGGCAUCAUGCAGGAGAAAGAAUCCCAAGAAAGCCAAAAAGAUGGCCAGCUGCAAAUACAACGCCUGCCAUGUGGUCCCCAUCAAAAAGCUGGAGGAGCACGAGGCAGCCUGUGUCAACAGAAGCACAGUGGAGGAUGAAGACAGCUUGAGCCCCCUGAAGGUCAGCCUCCUGAGUUCACAGCAGAAUGGAAACACCCCUCCAGUGUCCCCCUGUCUCCCUAACCCCAACGUCUGGAAUGCUGAUAACACGAAUUGCCGCCCCACGUUUGUCCUUAAGACUUUUAUUCCCCAAAAGCUUGUUUGUGAAAGCGACACAAAAGAGUCAGAGACAGAGGACCACACCCCAUCCCUGACCACCCCCGAGAAGGGCAUCGGACCAGGACAGUAA